CGCGCAUAUGGAACGCAAACAAAAAAGGAAGUGAUCUCAACAUGGUUUUAAUUUCCUGUUGUUAAAUAUUCGCACUGUAGUUUUAUCGCCAAAAACGUAUACGGCAAUUUAUAGUUUUUACUUAAAGGACGUAGUUACCCAUUUGCUACUCUGCUUGCUGAAGAUAGCAAGCUCGUUUUCUGUCAUGUUUUGGAGCUUUUAUCCACACUUCUGGGCGGCUCAAUUUUUAAACGAGCUAUACUAGCAAGCGGGGAGCAUGGACAGCUCCGUGACCCUGUGGCAGUUCCUUCUCCAGCUCCUAUUGGACCCCACCAAUGAUCAGCUGAUCUGCUGGACCAAUGAGGAGGGCGAGUUCAAGCUGCUGCAGGCGGAGGAGGUAGCCAAGCUGUGGGGCACCAGGAAGAACAAACCCAGCAUGAACUAUGACAAGCUCAGCAGAGCCCUGAGAUACUACUACGACAAGAACAUAAUUAAGAAGGUGAACGGGCAGAAGUUUGUGUACCGUUUCGUCUCCUACCCAGACAUCCUGAAAGGGGAUGCCUCUGCUCGGCUGGAGGGGGAGGGGGGUGCAGGGGGUAGCCUGCCGCUGUCCGAGAGGGGGGACAACACCUCCCAAGAUGGUGAAUGUGGGGACAGGGGUGAAGGUAUGACAGCAACACAGGGGUCCAGUACUAAGCCGUCCAGCCGUAAUGACUACAUCCACUCUGGCCUGUACACCUCCUUCACCCUCACGUCGCUGCAAAAUGGACGCCAGCUCUUCAAGUCCAUCAAGAUGGAGAACCCUGCAGACAAGAUGGCCGACAGGAAGUCCAAUACCCAGGCUCAAGACCCGCCCUCCCAGCAGCCAAUGCUGUCGCCGUCAGUUAUCAAGUUUGGGACCACCCCUCCCAAGAGAAGCCCUCCCCCUCCUCUGGUUACCAUAGAAACACCUAAUCCGCCAUUGUGCUCUCUCCAAGUCCCGCCUCCCAUGGGUGAUGUCGUGAUGACACACUCCGUCCUCCUGCCUCAGGCUGUGUGUGCGUUUGAGCAAGCCAAGCCCAUGGAAUCCUCGAGUCCUAGAAUCCUGAAUAGUUUCAGCCUAUCAGAGUUGCCCUCUCGGAGCCCCUCCCCCACUAUGGUGCCUGAUUCCACCCAGGAGCUUGUGAUUGACAGCGACAUCGAGUCCAUCUCCUCCCAGCCCACAGAGACGCAGAUACAGGGGGUGCAGAGUUCUGGCCAAGUGUCAGGUGGUGAGGCGUGUGUAGAGAACAGGGACAAGGGAGGGAAUAGGGAGAUGAGUUUGUCUCCGUUGUGUGUAAGUGCCCAUAUCACAGGGGGCAAGGCCCGCAAGCCUCCUAAAGUCCUGGAGCUGUCCACUCCUACACUGGUGGUCACCACCUCUGACCUCUCACCUAUGAACCUCUACAGCCCCUCCCUACCUACCGCCUCUCUCACACCAGCACUGCUACAGACACCCACUCUGUUGCUGACCCCCAGUCCCCUUCUAUCUAACAUCCACUUCUGGAGCACGCUCAGCCCGGUGGCUCCCCUCAGCCCUGCCACCCGGCGCCAGCAGGGAGCACACACCCUGUUCCAGUUCCCCUCGGUGCUCACCCCUCAUUUCCAUAUACCCACACACAGCCUGGAUGGGACCAACACCCCCGGACCCCUCACCCCAGACCCUCAUAAGACAUAAGAGACCUUACCCUUGGAACCUGUGGAGCCCCCAGACACUCAGAUGCCCUACUUCUGCUCCCCCCGCACCCCCCAAACAGACACAAUACAUGGGGGGGGGGGACAACUCCCCUAAAGAGGGCUUAGCCAGACUUUUUAGAAUUGCCAUGGUAACGGGUGCUGCAAAGUUCACGGAUUGGAUGCUGAGCAGUCAUAAAAUGAGCAUCUCUACCUGGAACAGCCAAUUGUGUCUCCACUCUGAGACCAAUGGGAUUACAGAUUUUUUUUUAAAUUUAAUAUGUGAACCUUCAUCUUAUUUCCUUGUUCUAUUCUGUUUGAUGCUGUGUUGUCAAUUCCAACUAAGUUUUUAGAUGUUUUUAUGGAUCAUUUUCCUGUUAUUUGUUGUAUGUUUUAAACCAGGGGUCUCCAACAGGUCGAUCACUAGCUACCAGUAGCUCGCAGACCACAUAUGAGUAGCUCGCCAAACAAUUCUGAAAGUACAUGCAUUGACAUUAUCCCACCCCUGGUUAGCCACUAUUGGCUUAAAAAGCCAAACCCAACACAAUAUCUGCCAAUUAAUUUCCAGCAAUAUUGCUCCUUUUCUGUCUGUGUGGUACGGGCGUUUGUCUAUUACUCCGUGUGUAGCCAGUAGUGAUGGGUCCUCAGUGCAGGAACAAUAUAAUGAGGAGAGAGCGUCAUUAAGUCUUACUUUUUUGGGGGGGCAGGGCAUCUAAUAAUAUAGUCAAAAAAAAUAAAUGGAACUCACAUUUCACAAUCUGAUAAGCAACGUUUUAGGAUUUAAAUGAUGGUUUUAGGUCAAUUUCUAAGCAUUACUGAGCGAAGAGUCGUUUGGGAGCUAAAUUAACGGCUAUUUCAGGUGAACGGCGCCAAAUGAUCCGGCUCACAGAAAAGACUCGGAAUGUCCAUCACUAGUAGGCAGUUGAUGUGAUAACCGUCUUGUGGGUUGACAGAAAUACUUUCCCCAAAACCUUCUCAGUUAAAUGUUAACUGCAAAAUAGGCUUAUCUGGCAGAAGUAUAUCAUGAGUAAGUAUAGCAUUUGUAUCUAUUAUUUGUUAUUUGCAAAGGUUGCUAUGAAAUGAGCAGCAGCACUACAGAACCCUCGCUAGACUGGCACAUUAGCCGGCACACUAGAUGCGCAAUUAAAGGGCCAGAUGCGCAAUUAAAAAAGGGGAAUUACACUCAAAUCUAAAUUCUUCCAGACCUAAAACAAAUUGUCUUCUGCUGUGAUUUAAGCGUUGCAUGGAUUCAGAACAUCCUAUUUCGUUGUUUCUCUAUGAACAAGUGUAAUUUUGAGUGACAAACAAAAUAAUCUAAAACCAGGAAAAAUGUAACUGAGAAAACUGAAUUUGGGAAAAUAUGAAACCGAAUUUGGGGAAAAUGUUUUGGUUUUAUAGGGGCCCUAGAGUUUUUUAUUUAACAUUAUUUUACCAGGUAUAUUGACAGAAAACAGUACUCUUGUACACUAAAGAUCUGCAGAAGAGUUGCAGGAAAAAAAUGAUUAGCUCUCAUGCAACAAAAUAAAGUUGGAGACCCCCUCAGAUGGGAAAUGCUUCAACUGACCUCUCCGCUUGCCAACACCAACUCUACCCUUACCAUAACCCUCAUCUGAAAGUUUACCCUCACGUAAACUGACAGAGAAAAUGACAGAGAAAAUAGUGAUCUGAACUUCAUGCUAGUAUAUAUGAAGCAGUGUGAGGUCUGUCAGAAACAUGUCCCUGCUCUCUGAAGUGUGUAACUGUUUCCAUAAUAGAUUAAUUCCUUACUGUAAUACCCUCAGACCAGUAGGGAGGCCACAUCAGAACAGAACCAAACCACCUCACACCCACCAUUUAUACUAGAGACAAACAGGCAUAUGUGACCUAUGGGUUUGUAAUGCUUGAAUUUGUGUGAAAAAGCCCCUAUCCCUCUGUGGGUCAAUUUAUGAGAAGCCAUAACCCUUACCUUUACCCCAACCUUAAACCUAGCCUUAACCAUAUUCCAAACCCUAACCUACAAACUAAAUCUAAACAAACCUGUGGCCUCAGGUAGGACAAUGGACCGAUUUAUUAUCACCUCCUUUGACAAAUAGCCACUAACCUUGUGGAGAUUGAGCAAAUAAGGAUCCUCACCCUAAACUAACCCUAAGGCUGUGCACUUCUGUUGAUGUAAAGCCAUAAGGAAAACAUUAAAUGUGUGAAGGAAAAUCA